AGUGUGAGGAGCUCGUCAAAACUCUGGAGCUUUAAGGAUGAACGUCCAGAAUGCAAAAAGAACUUACAGGGGUAGCAUGUAAGACUUUCGCCAUCUUUUCGAAGCUGUUGUCCUCGAGCAAGCCUACGACGACGACGGUUUCCUCCGGACAAAAUCAUCCGCUCCAACCGGAGCAAAAAAGGGAACGUUUCCGGAUUUCAACAUAUCUGACGAUUCCAGCAGGAGAGGCGAAUACAGACAGACCGUGGCCAUGGCAACCAUCUCCCCAUUGACGAGAUGUUUUUUCUUCUCUCCGGCUGGGAUCUGAGGAUUGACGGGAAUACCGAGGACAAGGGGGAAGAACGCAGAUAUCAGUGACCGGAUUUCAACAUAUCUGACGAUUCCAGCAGGAGAGGCGAAUACAGACAGACCGUGGCCAUGGCAACCAUCUCCCCAUUGACGAGAUGUUUUUUCUUCUCUCCGGCUGGGAUCUGAGGAUUGACGGGAAUACCGAGGACAAGGGGGAAGAACGCAGAUAUCAAUGGCAUUUUCUCAUCGCGUCUUCUUCCUCCUGUGUGGAAUCGGUGGAGUGUUUGGUGGGUGUCCUAAUCUCUGGACUCAAUUUGGACCAAACUGUUAUAUCUACCAAAACGUUCUCAAGUCUUUUGAGGAUGCAGAGACUGCCUGCAUCGCUCUUGAUCCUGCAGCCUACCUGGUGUCCAUCUCCACUGAUGAUGAAAACACAGAAGUUACAAAUCUGAUUACCAGCGCAGACCCCUGGAUAGGACUCAAUGACAUUGCCACGGACGGUACCUUUGUUUGGACUGAUGGAUCCACACUCUAUCCCCUCCUACCCUUUGCCGACACACUGCCUCAAUUCCCGAAUGGAAAGAAAGACUGUGUGUACAUUGCACAAACUGAUGGAAAGUGGUACGCUGAUGACUGCACUAAGCCGAAGCCAUAUGUUUGCAAGAGACCAAAGUAAUCUAUGACUCUGUGUGCCACAUAUUGGCCAAUAAGCUUUUUCGAUCUGUCCUAAGGAACUUUCCAAAUACGCUUUUACCGACUUUAACGUUCAAUGCUAUUGAAUAAAUGCUUUCUGAAACAAGAGCGUGGGGGGUGGAGUCUGCAGACGAGCGCUUGUCAGUGACGGUGGAGGACAGACAAACAAGAUUUUUACAACAAAGUUCAGUAGAAAAUGUCCUUUUUAUGGGACAUUUGUGCGUUUGUUUUCUUGUUUGGCUGUGUUGUUUGUCGCAUUUUUGCUGUGUUUGUGCUUGAUGGCAAACAUGCCAAGGAGGUCAUGGUUGGGAUAUAAACAUACUCUUGAUGUUCAAUGUUUCAUUGUUCAUUUACACUCUGGCUGUCUCAUUCAAUAAAAAGCUAUAAAAUGUU